UCUCUCUCUCUCUCUCUCUCUGUGAUGCUGCAGCUCUUGUAGUCUCUCCAGUCUCCAGUAAACAGCAGUCAUGGCGACAGUGGUCCAACCGCUCACUCUGGAUCGAGAUGUUGCCAGGGCCAUCGAGCUGCUGGAGAAGCUGCAGGAGUCAGGUGACGUCCCCGGUCACAAGCUCCAGUCUCUGAAGAAGGUCCUUCAGAGCGAGUUCUGCACAGCCAUCAGAGAGGUGUACCAGUACAUGCACGAAACAAUUACAGUGAAUGGUUGUCCAGAGUACCAGGCGAGGGCCACAGCUAAGGCCACAGUCGCAGCCUUCGCUGCCAGCGAGGGUCACUCCCACCCGCGGGUGGUGGAGCUUCCCAAGACAGAGGAAGGGCUGGGCUUCAACGUGAUGGGCGGCAAGGAGCAGAACUCGCCCAUUUACAUCUCCCGUAUCAUUCCCGGAGGCGUAGCCGAGAGGCACGGCGGCCUAAAGCGAGGGGACCAGCUCCUGUCCGUCAACGGUGUGAGCGUGGAGGGAGAGCACCACGAGAAGGCGGUGGAGCUGCUGAAGGCGGCCAAGGAUAGUGUGAAGCUGGUGGUUCGCUACACCCCCAAAGUGCUGGAGGAGAUGGAGGCUCGCUUCGAGAAGCUGCGCACGGCCCGGCGGCGCCAGCAGCAGCAGCUCCUCAUGCAGCAGCAGCAACAGCAGAACCUGGCCUCUCAGCAGAACCACAUGUCGUAGGUUGUUCCAGAAGAAGAAGAAGUGAAGGAGAGUGAAAAAUGGUGGAACUCAAAGGCCAUCUUGUUUGUAUUGAAGAUCCCAAAGGCAACGCUAAGUCGCCGAGGAAACCAACAAGUAGAAGACUCUUUUACUUACUCUCACUCCCUUCCAGUGUACCACCGAUUACUGAGCAAAAACAAAGAGAGCUGUUUUGUCCUGAAACUGGUGCUUUGAGGGAGGCUAGCACUGAAAGUCGUCCAUUUUAACUUUGUAUUCCCUUUUAUAAGUUGCCCCCCCGCCCCCCCAAUCGUGACUCUUACUGAAGCUCCUUUUCUUGUGUUUGUUGUUUUGUUUACAGUCGUCCAUUUUUGAUUGCUUACUGACAUCCAUUGCGCCGUGGCACCUUUGCCAUGUUGCCGUAGAUAUCAUUUGUACAGUGCUGUUUCUAUUGAUUCUUCAACUGGUGCUUGUGUCUCUGUAUGAAUGACCAUUGAUUUCUUCUUAUUUGUGUGUGUGUGUAUGUGUGUGUGUGUGUGUGCGUGUGUGUGUGUGUGUGUCAAGUCAAACUUGUCCCGUUUUGGAUAAACGUGAACUCUUUUUUACCUUCUAUAUUGUAGCAAGAAAAGAUUUUUUAUCUUGUAGAUUUAGCAAUAACAGACAUCCUUCAGUUUUACAUUUCAAAACUAAAUUCACACUCCGAUACAUACCGUAGAUACAGAGUUUAUGGGAUGGGUGUAAAAUGUAAGCCACUGUAAAGCAAACUGGGUCUUAUGCACUGUAAGGCAGCUUCUGAGUCCAAAUCUAUCCUCUGUGCCAUUUAAAGAGAUUACUGAUUUACAGGUGGCAUGUACAAUUUAAUGUGCAAUAACCGUGAUUAUCAACCGACUUUGUAAACCACUCCCAGCUGAGAUUUAUCCAGAAAAUAUAUGUUACAAAGAGGUGAGGUUCAGAUCAAGCCUCGGAAAUAUUAUGUGUCCUACAAACAAACAGAAUGUCACCAGUUUUCAUUUGAAUGAAAUGGAAAUUAAAUCAAAAAUAUGCUAAAAUUAUGUUUAUUUUUCAGACUUGUCUAUUUUAGAGUUUAUGAGAUGAGAGAUUUAAGACAAAGUUUUAUUGUUCCUUUAAAAUGUUACAUUUUCUUCUAAGACAUGUAGAUUAUUAUUUAAAGUCUAUUAGUUGUAUAACAGCUGCAAACUAACACAUAGUUCAUGUACAGUAAAUCUGUUCCCUGCAUUUCUGUUAUGACAAUCAUUGUGAGCUACGAUGAGACUGAGUAGAAUGUUCUACACUCUAUUUUUUCCCCUCUGUAAUUUCUCUGUAAAUCUAUUCUCUCUACCAAACAAGAACCUGAGCUCCAGAGUUAAAGUGGUAAUCUGCCAGCUCUGUUUUUACUUUUCCAUUGUCUCCAUCUUUGGUGCUAAGUGCUCCUUGUUGUGUGUGCUUUUUUUUCUUCUUUUGUUCUGCACUUCCCAGAAAUCACUUCUUUGUUGAUCUUUUGUGUUUGUUAUACUGUCUUGUGUCUUCUCUCAUUUUCUGUGGGUGUUAGUCUUUUCUUUGCUCGUUCCACCAUGCAGGCUUUAACCCUUAGGCUUGUCUCUUCUUCUUUUUAUCCCAAGCAAACCCAAAACAUAACACACAUAAUUUCUUGUAUGCCAGACAAUUUUUUUUCCCAAGGAGAGACCAACCAGAUGUAAGUUAAGAACAGCGAAUAAAAGGUUAAGUUGCAUUUUAUUGCAGAUUAUUUCACUAUGGCAUUGUGGAUUUGUUAAUAUAAAGUAAAGAUUCAUUUUCACUUUUAAUCUUUUCUGAUCUACAUUACAUCUAACUGCACAAGUCCAACAGAACAAAAAUCUUCUACAUGCAUUAUACUGCGUGUGCCCCGCUGCCAGAUAUCACCAUUUCCUAAAUAACCUAUCAGCACUAAGGUCGGUUAAUGCCAAAGCUUUUGUAUUAGGUGACAUUAAUGCUACGGUUUUAUAGGAAAGGUUUUUAUCUCUUGCUCACUCUUCAAGCAGAACAUCUAAACACAACAGAUCCCUUUUUGUAUCUUUAAAUCACAGGUACUCUUUCUUAAUUGACUUGCAUUUUUGAAGCUGAUGGUCCUGUACUUACCGUAAAGAUUAAAAAAAGACAACGAACUGUUGAUAUGCAAUUGUUAUACAUACUAUAUUUGUAUAAAUAAAUCUAUGUGCUUGUGUACAGUGAA